GGGCGGGGCUUGGCCCGGGGCCGGCGGGAAGAGCAGCGCCUGCUCGGUCGAGCGCGGGCCCCCCCUGGCAGCGGCAGAGGGGGACGCGCGCGCCCCUGCCCACUCCCACCAUACACACUUUCCCGCAGCCUCCGCGCCCGGCUGAGCGCCUGCAUCACUGCGCAUCCCGCCCGGCGCGGAGCAGCGAUGCACCCGCUGCUGGAUCUGCUCCUGGUGCUGGCCACGCUCCUCUACUCGUACCUGGAGGCGCUCGCGAAGCUGUUCGUCCCCGCGCGGAGGAAGCCCGUGAACGGGGAGCUCGUACUCAUCACGGGCGCCGCGCAUGGCGUGGGGAGAGCGACCGCGCUCGAGUUCGCCCGGCGCCGCAGCCGCCUGGUGCUGUGGGACAUCAACCAGCAUGGCAUUGAGGACACGGCAUCAGAAUGCAAACGGCUGGGAGCCACUGUUCACACCUUCGUGGUGGACUGUAGCAAAAGGGAGGAAAUCUACAGCACUGCAGACAAGGUGAAAAAGGAUGUUGGAGAUGUCUCCAUCCUGGUGAAUAAUGCUGGUGUGAUUACAGCUGCCGACCUUCUCUCGACACAGGACCACCAGAUUGAAAAAAUGUUUGAGGUCAACAUUCUUGCUCAUAUGUGGACCACAAGAGCUUUUCUGCCAACCAUGAUGAACAACAACCACGGCCACAUUGUCACGGUGGCUUCAGCAGCAGGUCAUUUUGUGACAUCUUUCAUGGUGGCUUAUUGUUCAAGCAAGUUUGCUGCAGUUGGAUUUCAUAAAGCUCUGACAGAGGAGCUGUCUACCCUGGGAAUGGAUGGAAUAAAAACUACUUGUGUGUGUCCGGUUUUUAUAAACACUGGAUUUGUCAAAAACCCCAGUACAAGGCUUGGAAGAAUUUUGGAGGUCGAAGAGGUUGCAGAGGCCCUGAUGGAAGGCAUACUGACCAACCGGAAAAUGGUUUUUGUUCCACCACAUCUAAGCAUUGCUUUACUUUCUGAAAUGUUGUUUCCAGAACGUGCCUUGACCGUUUUGAAAAAGUUGACCAAUGCCAAGUUUGAUGCAGUCGUUGGGCAGAGAAGCACCCAGUGAAAAGCAAAAAUUGAUUCUCAUUUCCUAGUGGCAAAAGUGAAAACAGAACUUGUGCUGAGUGCAGUUCAGCUGGUUUGAUUCAGCACAGAACCAAGAUAAACCUUCCAGGCCACCACUUCCAAGCACACCUAAGGGUUUACCCCACACUUUCAGCAGGCACCUACCUGCAUAACACAAGAUGUUAACAAAGCAGAGAUGCAUCUCUAGAAGUUUAAAGGGCUGUGCUGGCUGCACGUCACAUCGCCUCUAUAUUCUAGUGCUGAGGCAGAUGGGAAUUCCCUCAAAUCCUGUCUUUGGGACAGCACAGCUGUGUUCAUGAGUACAGAGACCUUGCCUGAGAAUAUAUUAAUCUGGACUCAUCCCUGAACAAAAGUAUCUUGCAAGAAGCACUUUAUAGAGGAGGUGGGUUGCCUGUUUCACCUCAAUUUAUCUUUUUAAAUUUUAAAGAAAAUGUGCUUUAACAGUUUUGUGUGCUUUUGUAGUGAGUACCUGAAAUAAUACAGGCUUAUAUGUAAUGUCAUACCCUAUUGCAUCAAUUAUUAAUUUUCCAUUAGCACCGUCAACACUCCUUUCUCCAAAUAAAUAAAAGUUCUGUAACC